AUGGCGAGCUGGGAGAUCGGUACUCGGGCCUGGUUUCCAAACCAGGCCGAGGGUUUCAUUCCUGGUGAGCUCGCGGAGAGGAAGACACUAGGAGAUGGAAAAGUGGCCUUUGUCUUCAACCUUUCCGAUGAAUCCAAGCAGACAGUCGAAACCACCGAGGAUGCCCUCCUCGAUACUCAGAAUGCCUCCUUACCACCUCUCAUGAAUCCUCCCAUGUUCGAGGCCGCCGAAGAUCUGACGAGUCUGUCCCAUUUAAAUGAGCCGGCCAUCCUUCAGGCCAUCAAGCUCCGAUAUGCGCAGAAAGAAAUCUACACCUACAGUGGUAUCGUGUUGAUAGCAACAAACCCUUUCGCUCGGGUGGAUUCUCUCUAUGUGCCCCAAAUGGUCCAGGUAUAUGCGGGAAAGCAAAGAGCAUCACAAGCACCCCAUCUCUUUGCCAUCGCGGAAGAGGCAUACACAGACAUGUUACGAGACUCACGGAAUCAGACCGUCGUCGUGUCUGGUGAAUCGGGUGCCGGUAAAACUGUCAGUGCCAAAUAUAUCAUGCGGUACUUUGCCACUCGAGGAGCGCCUGGGCAGGCGACCAAGAGCACCAAAACGAGGGCGGAUGCGAUUAGUGAGACCGAAGAACAAAUCCUCGCUACCAAUCCGGUCAUGGAAGCCUUCGGUAAUGCCAAAACGACAAGAAAUGACAAUUCAUCUCGAUUUGGAAAAUACAUUGAAAUUAUGUUUGACAAGAACACGGACAUCAUUGGCGCGCGAAUAAGGACAUAUCUGCUUGAACGAUCACGUCUCGUUUUUCAACCAUUGAAGGAAAGGAAUUAUCACAUAUUCUACCAACUCGUGGCUGGAGCCACUGAUGAAGAGAGGCAAGAGCUUGGAUUACUGUCAGUGGAGGAGUUUGACUACCUCAAUCAAGGGAAUGAGCCCCUGAUUGAUGGAGUGGAUGAUGCCGCCGAAUUUGCAGCCACGAGGAAAUCUUUGACCACAAUCAAUGUCCCCGAAGCUACGCAGAAAGAGAUCUUCCGAGUCCUCGCCGCCCUUCUACACAUCGGUAAUAUCAAAAUCACAGCCACACGAACAGACUCCACUCUUUCUUCAAGUGAACCUUCCCUGGUCCAGGCUUGUGGCAUCUUGGGCAUUGACCCCACUGAUUUUGCCAAAUGGACCGUGAAGAAACAGUUGAUCACUCGAGGAGAAAAGAUCACCUCCAAUCUCACCCAACAACAAGCUACAGUGGUGCGAGAUUCGGUGGCUAAGUUUAUCUAUUCGAGUCUCUUCGACUGGCUGGUCGAGACCAUUAAUCACGGCUUAGCGACUGAGGAUGUAUUGCAACGAUUAAACACCUUCAUUGGUGUGCUCGAUAUUUACGGCUUCGAACAUUUUGCGAAAAAUUCUUUUGAACAGUUUUGCAUCAAUUACGCCAACGAAAAGCUCCAGCAAGAAUUCAACCAGCACGUAUUCAAGCUUGAACAGGAAGAAUACAUGAGGGAACAGAUUGACUGGACUUUUAUCGACUUUUCCGACAACCAACCUUGCAUUGAUCUUAUUGAGGGAAAACUUGGUAUCUUAUCCCUCCUGGACGAGGAAUCUAGGCUUCCUAUGGGCUCAGACGAACAGUUUGUGACGAAAUUGCAUCACCACUUCGCCGCCGAUAAACAAAAGUUCUACAAGAAGCCUCGAUUCGGCAAAUCUGCGUUUACAGUAUGCCAUUAUGCCCUUGAUGUGACCUAUGAAUCCGAUGGCUUUAUCGACAAAAACCGAGAUACGGUCCCGGAUGAGCAAAUGGAAGUGCUUAAGAAGUCUACCAAUGCGUUCCUGGUCGGAGUCUUGGAUGUUGCUGCUGCGGUCCGAGAAAAAGACACUGCUCAAACAAGCUCAAAGACUGUUGCUCCUGGGGGUGGUCGCCGAGUUGGUGUCGCUGUGAACCGCAAACCCACUCUCGGGGGUAUUUUCAAGAGCUCUCUCAUCGAACUCAUGCAAACCAUCAAUUCUACCGAUGCGCAUUACAUUCGAUGCAUCAAGCCCAACGAGGCCAAGGAGUCCUGGAAAUUCGAGGGCCCCAUGGUUUUGAGUCAGCUCAGGGCAUGUGGUGUCCUUGAAACCGUUCGAAUUAGUACUGCUGGCUACCCAACACGAUGGACAUAUGAAGAAUUCGCUUUGAGGUACUACAUGUUGUGCCGGUCUUCAGAAUGGACAACGGAAAUCCGCAAAAUGGCUCAGAAUAUUUUGGUCAAAGCCUUGGGGGAAAGAGCUCACGAAAAGACUGACAAGUAUCAACUUGGUCUGACGAAGAUUUUCUUCCGCGCAGGCAUGCUUGCAUUUCUGGAAAAUCUCCGUUCAGCGCGCCUAAAGCAGUGCGCCAUCAUGAUCCAGAAAAAUCUGCGGGCCAAAUAUUAUCGCCACAAAUAUCUCGAUGCCCGUCAGUCUAUCCUGAAUUUUCAGACUGCCACUCGUGCGUUCCUUGCCAGGCGUCGGGCCGAGGAGACGAGGCAAAUCAAAGCAGCCACCGACAUUCAACGAGUCUGGAGGGGACAAAAGGCACGAAAGAACUACAAUCAGAUCAGAAAGGACCUUAUUCUUUUCGAAUCUAUUGCCAAAGGUUAUCUUUGCAGGAAAAACAUCCUCGAGACACGUAUUGGAAAUGCCGCCAUUACUAUUCAGAGAGCAUUCCGAUCGUGGCGAUCAAUUCGGGCCUGGAGACAGCAUCGCAGGAAGGUCGUCAUCAUACAAAACUUGUGGCGUGGCAAGGUCGCCCGAAGAGACUAUAAGAAAAUGCGCGAGGAGGCCCGAGAUCUCAAACAAAUUUCCUACAAGCUUGAGAACAAGGUCGUGGAGCUCACACAAUCACUUGGAGCGCUGAAGCGAGAAAACAAAUCGUUGCUCACACAAUUGGAGAGCUACGAGGGUCAACUGAAAUCUUGGAGGUCCAGACAUAAUGCCUUGGAGACACGAUCACGAGAAUUGCAAACGGAAGCAAAUCAAGCCGGCAUUGUAGCAGCGCGCUUGAGCGCCCUGGAGGAAGAGCACGCUAAGCUACAAGCUAGUCAUGAUGAACACAUGGGCAAUGCAAAGAGAUUGCAAGAGGAAGAGCGAAAACUUCGGGAGUCACUGCAAACCUCGAACUCGGAAUUGGAAAGAUUGCGACAAUCAGCCGCUACGCAUGAAAGCGAGAGAGGCACGCUGCGACAGCAGAUUAACGAAUUACAAGAUCAACUGGAAAUUGCAAGAAGGGCACCACCUCCACCGUCAACAAAUGGUGUCAAUGGGGAAUAUGCCAAUGGCAACGUUCCACCUGCGAACGGUCUCAUCAAUCUGGUUUCUUCCAAGAAACCCCUUAAGAGACGUAGUGCUGGAGCUGCCGAACGAAGUGAAACCGAUAGGUAUAGUGCUGCUUACAGUGCACGACCUGUGUCGAUGGCAAUUGACACUCAAGCUAAGACAUUGUCCGGCUCGACAUUUAAUCCCGGUCUGGAUAGCGUUGAGAUGGAACUGGAGAACCUCCUCGCUCAGGAAGACGAGCUCAAUGAUGAAGUCACCAUGGGUCUCAUCAGAGGCAUCAAGAUUCCUCAGCCAGGAGCGAAUCCGGCACCAACAGACAAAGAAGUCUUGUUCCCAUCCUAUCUCAUUAAUCUGGUCACAUCCGAGAUGUGGAACAAUGGAUUCGUCAAGGAGUCAGAACGAUUCCUCGCCAAUGUCAUGCAAUCAAUCCAGCAAGAAGUCAUGCAACACGAAGGAGACGAGGCCAUUAAUCCUGGAGCAUUCUGGCUGUCUAAUGUUCACGAAAUGCUAUCCUUUGUCUUUCUCGCUGAAGACUGGUACGAGGCUCAAAAGACGGACAACUACGAGUACGACAGAUUGCUCGAGAUUGUCAAACACGAUCUGGAAAGCCUUGAGUUUAACAUCUAUCAUACUUGGAUGAAGGUGUUGAAGAAGAAAUUGCACAAGAUGAUUGUUCCUGCGAUCAUUGAAUCUCAAUCCCUUCCGGGUUUCGUCACGAAUGAGAGCAAUCGGUUCCUUGGGAAAUUGCUCCCUUCAAACAACACUCCAGCGUAUAGCAUGGACAACCUUUUGAGCCUAUUGAACAACGUUUUCAAAGCUAUGAAGGCCUACUACCUCGAAGACUCCAUCAUCACACAAACUGUGACUGAACUUCUCCGACUCGUUGGUGUCACAGCAUUCAACGAUCUCCUCAUGCGCCGCAACUUCUUGUCGUGGAAGCGAGGUCUACAAAUCAACUAUAACAUCACCAGAAUCGAAGAAUGGUGCAAGAGCCACGACAUGCCUGAAGGAACUUUGCAACUUGAACAUCUCAUGCAAGCGACCAAACUCCUACAGCUCAAGAAAGCAACAUUGAACGACAUUGAAAUCAUCCAAGACAUCUGCUGGAUGCUCUCACCCAACCAGAUCCAGAAACUUCUGAACCAAUACCUCGUCGCCGACUACGAGCAACCCAUCAAUGGAGAGAUCAUGAAAGCCGUCGCCUCUCGUGUCACUGAGAAGAGUGAUGUUCUCCUCCUGGCCGCCGUCGACAUGGAAGAUAGCGGUCCCUAUGAAAUUGCUGAGCCCAGAGUCAUCACCGCACUUGAGACAUAUACCCCGUCAUGGCUUCAAACACCUCGCUUGAAACGACUUGCGGAGAUCGUCUCCGCUCAAGCCAUGGCUCAGCAAGAACGAGGAGACCUUCCCGACGGUGUUAUUAGUGACAUUGAAGCCGCUUAA